CAUCCGCAAUUAAUCUAAGCAUCUGACUAGUAUGCUCUCCUCGACUUAACACGCAGCUGAAAGCUCCUCUGAUAUCAUUUUCCAAAAUCGGGAUGACAGGAGAUUGACGUGCGCCUGGAUUGGUCUCUCCAUCAAGCCCGCAUACGCCGUCGCGUUCGGUGCCCAUUCAGCUGCCAAUACCAACCCCAGAAACGCAGUGUGGCUGGAAAGAGCCUGCCCUCGUGCGGGAGCUGACUGCGUAUUCUUACAGCUGACCUAGUAUAUAGAUUCACCAGGCGACAGCGGGCUGUCUGCCAUCUCUAACCAUGGUUAACAGCGCAUCCGGCAGCCCUCAUAACUCCUCUACGACGCAAGUCGCAGGCCUCUCGACGAGCUACAGCCCGAACGUGCUGUUGAAUGCAUAGCUUCCGACCACCACUCGAGCUCGGCGGCUUGGCCACUCGUAGCUCACACUUCCAGGACCAAGGCCCAGCUUCAAGAUGUCUGCAACCAUUGCGCUCGCAUCCGAUGCUACACCAUACACCGCGACUCCUUCGGCGACACAAGCGGCAUGUACAUGGUUGGGGCACUGCCUAGGAGAUCCAUGUGUAACAGAGAAUGAUUGCGAUAACGACUGGGUCUGCUCAAACAAGAUUUGCGUGCCGUGUUGCCUUACGGGCGCCCCAACUUCCACAGACACGACGAUACCUACGACUGCAAUCGCAACCUCAUCCACAACCUCCUCCACAUCUACGUCAGUUCCUCAGCGUGGGCUUACGAAGGCAAAUAUAAUAACAAUCGGCGUCGCUGGACCCGUGGGGGUAGCUGUGAUAGCAAUGGCGAUAUAUCUGAUUUGGCGUGCACGUCGGAAGAGAAAGGGAAGACAGCACGCGUGGAACAACCCAGCGAAUACAUUUGGAAAGGCCGAACUAGACACAACGAACCCCGGCGCCGCAACAAGCGCAACGAAAUAUCCCCAUGAGCUAGUGGUAGAGGAACCUCCUAUUGAGAUGCCUGAAUCUACAAGCCCACGAGACCCGGAUGCAAUUGAGCUGGUGGAACUAGAGGGCGAUGUCUCAUACCAAGGAAAGGGGGAUAGGAGGGCUCUUCCUCCCCACAUCAACGAAGUCUACAACCCGAUAUCAGACACUGAGCAACCCCAUCUACCGCUCCAUCGCCUCUCGCCCCGAGCUCGUCGGUUUGAGGAAGUGGUUUCGCCUGACACUGUCAGUCUGGGGCAGCGCCGGGCGUCUCCCGCAUCAGAUCUGUCUUCUAGCCGUCCGAUAAUUUCCCCUCCGCAAACAUAUCGCAGACUUGACGAUGAUGAUGUCGAGGAGCCGGUGUUUGAUAGCCGGUCUGGCUCCGACUCCAGCUAUACUCUGUUUCGAUGGCCUACAGAGCGGUCGCCUGAGCGUAGAGGCCAUGGAUGAUUCUGUAAAUACGAACUCGAUUCUAUCAAGAUUUGAAAAGUGGUCCUGUCCGGGUAAUUUUUUCCCCAUCGUAUCUAAGCUAUGAUACUAGAAUUCAAGCUGGUCUCUUGCUAUAGUGGUAUCCUUGCAGAAAGAACAUCAGCUCCCGAAUGUUCAUUCCUCGUUACGACACUCAAUCGAAGGACUGGGAGUAAGCUGCACACAACUGAUGGGAGGUGACCUAGGUGGCCGGCUAGUAAGAGUAGUCACAUGUGCACCAGUCAGAACGCUGUGGUCUCGGAAUCUGAUUCUAAUUUCAGGAUUUGGCGCUCGUUAGCUAGGCUCUAGCCAUUUUUGCAGCUAUUCCCACGGAGAGUCUUAUGAAAUUGGAAUUCAAAGCUGCUAAACGCAUGUUGAGUGGUUUUCUAGAAGAAAGCUAGCGUAGA